UCCGCAGCACCACAUCACCCAUCCACAUCUCUCUCGGUCUCUCCCUAAUUUCAGCGGCGACCCCUCGCGAGCCGCUCCUCCUCCGCCGCCGCCGCCGCCGCCGCCGCGUCUCCUCGCCGUCUCUCCGGCCGCCGAUCCGCCCCCCGCGAGGAAUCCUCGAUAAGCCAGCCUGAUGGCUACGAUGGAUGAGCCUCUUUAUCCCAUUGCUAUACUGAUUGAUGAGCUUAAAAAUGAAGAUAUUCAAUUGCGUCUGAACUCCAUUAGGAGGCUCUCCACAAUUGCACGAGCACUUGGGGAAGAAAGGACCCGAAAGGAAUUAAUUCCUUUUCUCAGUGAAAAUAAUGACGAUGAAGACGAGGUGCUUCUUGCUAUGGCUGAAGAAUUGGGUGUGUUCAUUCCUUAUGUUGGGGGUGUGGAACAUGCCCAUGUUUUGCUCCCACCAUUGGAGACAUUGUGUACAGUGGAGGAAACCUGUGUCCGAGACAAGGCAGUUGAAUCUCUGUGCCGCAUUGGAGCACAGAUGAAGGAAAGUGACAUUGUAGACUGGUUCGUUCCUGUAGUAAAGAGGCUAGCAGCUGGUGAGUGGUUUACAGCUCGUGUAUCAUCUUGUGGUCUUUUCCACAUAGCAUAUCCAAGUUCCCCUGAUCAAUUAAAGGCAGAAUUGAGGAACAUUUAUGGUCAACUAUGCCAAGAUGACAUGCCUAUGGUCAGAAGGGCAGCUGCAUCAAAUCUUGGAAAGUUUGCUGCCACAGUUGAACAGACCUAUCUAAAGACAGAAGUCAUGUCUAUAUUUGAUGAUUUAACCCAAGAUGAUCAAGAUUCCGUGCGCUUAUUGGCAGUUGAAGGCUGCGCUGCACUUGGAAAAUUGUUAGAACCACAAGACUGUGUAGCACAUAUUCUUCCAGUCAUUGUCAAUUUCUCCCAGGAUAAAUCGUGGCGAGUUCGUUAUAUGGUUGCCAAUCAGUUGUAUGAGCUCUGCGAAGCAGCUGGUCCUGAACAUUCUAGAGAACAUCUGGUGCCAGCAUAUGUUCGCCUCCUUCGUGACAAUGAGGCUGAAGUGCGGAUAGCAGCUGCAGGAAAAGUUACUAAGUUCUGUAGGAUUUUAAGCCCACAGCUUGCAAUUCAGCAUAUUCUUCCUUGUGUCAAGGAAUUGUCAUCGGAUUCAUCUCAGCAUGUUCGUUCAGCUUUGGCUUCAGUUAUUAUGGGAAUGGCCCCUGUCUUGGGAAAGGAUGCUACAAUCGAACAACUUCUUCCUAUUUUUCUUUCCUUGCUGAAGGAUGAAUUUCCCGAUGUUCGGCUCAAUAUAAUCAGCAAGCUUGAUCAAGUUAAUCAGGUUAUUGGAAUUGACUUGCUGUCACAAUCCCUGUUGCCAGCGAUUGUAGAACUUGCAGAGGAUAGGCACUGGAGGGUUCGGCUUGCAAUAAUUGAGUACAUCCCUUUAUUGGCUAGUCAAUUAGGUGUUGGAUUCUUCGAUGACAAGCUGGGUGCACUUUGCAUGCAAUGGUUGGAAGAUAAGGUCUUCUCGAUCAGAGAUGCUGCUGCAAACAAUUUGAAGCGCCUAGCUGAGGAGUUUGGUCCAGACUGGGCGAUGCAGCAUAUAAUCCCUCAGGUGCUGGAGAAGAUAAACAACCCGCAUUAUCUAUACCGCAUGACCAUCCUGCAAGCUAUUUCAUUGCUGGCCCCCGUCAUGGGUGCAGAAAUCACAUGUCAGCAGUUGCUUCCUGUCGUGAUUAACUCCUCAAAGGACAGAGUGCCAAACAUCAAGUUCAAUGUUGCGAAGGUUCUGCAGGCACUUAUACCGAUCCUUGAUCAAUCUGUUGUGGAGAAGAACGUGAAACCAUGCCUGGUUGAGCUUAGUGAGGACCCUGAUGUGGAUGUAAGAUACUAUGCGAACCAGGCCCUUCAGGCAUGCGAUCAAAUCAUGAUGUCAAGCUAACUAGCUAUUUGUCCAGUAUUUAGAACUUGAUUUUCCUAGUCCAAAUUUUGGAAUACUUGUAAUUUGUCUUUUAGAUUGAAGAGUUCCUUCUAGCCCCAGUAACAGACCAACUAUCCAUGCUGAUAAUGUUUCAGACCCCUCGUUCUGUGUUUGAUGUUGUAAUUGAGCAAGAUCAGACAUUAUUAUGUUUGUUUACAUGGUAGGGUCGCACCAUGGUUUCUGUGAUUUUAAUGUAUGCGGCCACUAUUAGUUUGCAUCUCUCUAAAUACAUGCUACUUGUGCA